UUUGGCUACACUGCAAAUACAAUUUAUGAUUGUCAUUUUAUUAAGUAAAAAUAGUAAGAACGAAAAUGAUCGGCGUAAAUAAUAUUUAUUGUUUGUCGAUUGUCUUUUUUGUGUUUUUAUUAAAAACAGUAUAUACUGAAGACAUAUGUGUAGCAAAAGGUCCUUGCUCGUGUGUAUUUUCUAAUGGCACCGGUAUUGACUUAUCGCUUACUAUUAAAGCAACAUUUUAUUCUACGCAAUCAUAUAAAUUAAAGAACAAUGGAUCACAGUACGAAUUGAGUACCUAUUUCUAUCACCCGUGCACUGAUGUGUUGCUUAAAGUGAAUAGUACUGCAACGAAUAAUUCAUGUGACAAGCCAUUGUCGAUAUGUCGACAUAAAACGACAUUGGAUUUAGUUCCUAAUAAAACAGAUACAUUUAAAACAGAUGGAGGUAAUUAUGAAUUUCUAGGACGGUCAAAUGUUUCACAGUUUAGUGCUGAUGGGAAAUCAAUUACUUACUUCAAUGGUCCAUCGUUGACCCUUGUUACAUUAGUAUGUGCUCAAACAGAUGACCAGCUACAAGUUGUUUCACUUGUGGAUCCAGACAAUAUAGUACUAUCAUUUUAUUCAAGACAAGCAUGUCUGAAACUUCUCGAAGAAGAGGGACGUUCCUUUGGUUCAACUUUGCUUAUAAUAUUCUUCUCAUUUGUGAUAUUAUACCUUGUUCUUGGAAUAUGCACUAAGAAAUUCUUAAUGGGUGCAACAGGGAUUGAAGUUGUACCUAACUUGACUUUCUGGUCAGAUUUACCGAAUCUAGUCAAGGACGGUUGGGCCUUUGCAAUCAAUGGCUUCAAAUUGCCAACUCGCGGAGCCGGUCCCGUGACGUCACCAGACCCAAACAGUUACGACAGCAUAUAACAUCAGAGCGAAGACCCCCUCAAUGAAGGUCAGCUAAUAUUGAUUGAGUAAUAUCGUGAAACAAUAUAUAACAUGGACUUAAACAUUUAAACAUUACGUCUUGCCGCUAUUAUAGUUUUCUGACGCUGCAACACGUGGGGAUCAAUAUAAAUGUGGCGUUAUGUAAUAACCGUAUUAAAAGAAAAGCUUAAAUAUGUAUAGAGAAAGUAGAAUAAUUUUUAUACAUUAUAUAAUAACUAUUCAUAAAUUAUUAUAUUAUAUUCAGCAAUUUAAACAUCAAUAACUCAGUAAUACAGAAUACUUUAAUACUGUAGAUUUUGCCGAGUGUACUCGGCAUUGCAUUCAAUGUUGCUUAAACCACGCCAAUAAGCUAAUUUAAUGUACGCAAAAAUAUAAUGUUGCAAAAACCUAUCUAUUAUAUACAAUUUAAAUUUAGAAUUCUCAUUUAAAUAUUUCAAGACGUACAUCCAGCAACUGAAACGCUGAUCAGAGUCACAUUACCUACGUAUAUGCAAGUCUUUAAUCUGAAUGGUCAUUGGUUAGUGGUAGACGAUGACGCAAUAGGUGGCCAAUGAACAUUCUGUAUUAAGUUGGAUUCGUAAUUUGAAAACAGCUUAUCAUUUCAGAAUCUGGCAGUUAGUGUGUGAUUGGAAUGUUUUAUUUUAAAGGAUUGCCAUUUUACUAAAACAUUAAACUAUCUUUAAUUAUCGAUUUUAAGAUUUUGGCAGAUAGCCGACUUAUAUUUUUGCAGACCCGUAUACACACCUUUAAGAAUCUCUAGAUACAUAAGUUUCGAAACAAGCAUAAUAAAUGUAUAAAAUAAUUUUGAAUUUUAUAUAUAAUAUAUUUAUAAUGUUAGCGGAAAAUCCCUAGCUAAUAAAUAAUUAAUUAAUCUGAUAUUAAGGAGGUAUAGAGAGGAUAUUAAUAACAAUUUAUUACAUGAUGAUAUUACGACAAAGGUCCGCACUUGGCAGUCGUCGCGAUGUAAGGAGUUUAUUAUUUAUAACUUUAAAUAUAUUGAACUGAGGGUUUGAAUUUAAAACUCAUUGAUAUUUAUCUUAAAACAUAAGACAUUUUCGAACUGAAAUCGGAACUUUUUCUUUGAAUUAUAUAAUAAAGUACAUUGUUUAUUUUUAUUACAAUAGUUAAUUAGUUAUCGAACUCUAACACAUGACCUUAAUAAUAGUUAUGAAUGAGAAAUAUGACCAAUAAAUUUCUUGUUAACAAAAGACGUAAAUAACAACAAUGAUCCCGCCUAAAAACGUGAACAGUGAACUGUCAGUAGUAUUCCAAAUUAUGUAAUGUUUUUAAUGAGCAGUUCAAUUUGUUAUAAUUCUUUUUUUGUUGGGUCAGUUUAUUGAAGCAGUUUAUAGGCAGUACAACCUUUUUUAAUAAAAUGCAAAAAGAAACCGCGGCGUUCAUCUAAUUUGAUAUGAUUAUUUUUUUUCUAAUCAAAUUGUUAUUCUGGAUGUAUAAUGUAUAUGCGUGGCCGUUUAUGCGAUAACAGCCUAAUUUAUUAUUGAUUAGUUUUACCAUUUUCAAUAUCGUUUAAAAUUGGAAUCGAAGUCUGUUUAAUCUAAUUGUAGUAUAAAUGUGUAAAUUUUUAUGUAUAUUAUGUAGUGAUCGUACUUGAUAUUAUAAAUCAUGAGUUCAUUAAUCAUAAUACUAUAGUUGUAACUGUUAUUAGUAGAAUUUUAUGGAUGAGUUAUGAUAAUGGCACAUUAUCUAUUCAAAUUAGGUAUUGUAAAACCUAUAAAAAGCCCUUUCUUUAAGUAACAAUAUCUAUAUUAUCGUGGCAUAAAAACAUGAUUUAGUUAAGAAGCUGGCAAGGAUUUCCGUAGAUGGUUUGCUAAUGUUUCCAGAUCAGAUAGAUUUAAAUAUAUUCGAUCGAUUUUUCAUUACAACGCUUCUUUGUUAAAAGAAUAAAGAAGUUUUUAUAUUAUUUGCUUCAUAUCUAUCUAUAUCUUGGGUUGAAAGUCAAAAUCAUCCAGAAACCAAGAAAAAUCCACGCGGACAUCCAGAGUUCUCCAUUAAUUUCGCAAUGUAUAUUGUUUUUAAUUGUAAAAUUAACUUUGACAGCUUGAAUAUGUUGACAGAUUAUUUUAUCUAAUGUUUUUUAUGGUACGCUUAAAUAAUAAUGUCUGCCCUAUAAGCAAAUAAUAUAAAAAAAAUUACAAGCUGGCUGCUUAACCAUUAUGCGAUUAUGUCACGUUAUUAUCCAUAUUAUGAAAAAUAAGAAACACUCUCACAUAAACUCCCACUUAAUUAAUGUCUAUAUAUAAUAACAUAUUUAUAUUAAUAUAUAUUUAAAAACAGAACUAACAAUCUUUUUUAAAAUUUUCAAAUAAGCUAAUACGACUUUAAUGACUUUAUCAUAUUAUGCAUAUUGGACAUUAAUAUAUUAAUUCUGUUAUAUUUUAUAUCAACAUAUAAAUAUGUAUGCUAAUUGCAUUCAUAUAAUAACAAGUUUAUUAAUAGUUACUCUGUGGGUUCUUUUGCUUUAUUUUAUUAUUUGUCAUCUUUCUCUAUCUGUGGUCAAUAUCAUAAAUAAUUACUACAGGUAUAAUAAUUCUUUAAACAUAUUUAUUUUCCCUUUCCUUUAAAAAAAACAUAAUAAUUAUUUAUGGUUCAUUAUGCCAUUAUUAUUAUUCUCGUAGUGUAUUAUAAUGUGCCAAGAAAUUAUUUAAAAUGUAUUAUCCAAUAAUUAAAAGUGCAUAAUUUUGUUUGCGGUUUUUGCUUUUUCAUAUAUUAUACAUAUAUACCUAUUAUUAUCUUUGUAAUGUGUAACAAAAUUAUUGCCGUCACGACAAAGAACGUCGUAAUUAUAACUAAUGAUGUUCAGUUAUAAACAUUAUAAUAAUUAUGAGAUGCCUAAAGAUCACUUUUAUUGCGUGUAUUCCUGUAGUUUAUAAGAGCGCGUUCUUCACCUUAUUUUUGGAACUUGGUUUGUGUUUGUAAUCCGAGUUUCGAUGGGCAGGUUGUAAUGUCUCAGUUUGUAUCACGAACACCUACAUAAAUAGGUAAAUUAAAAAUAAUACUCAUAUCGAAUGGUUUGUUAGUAAAAGACUUUGAAGAUACCUGUAGCUGCCUGAAAUGUAUCGUAGCUCAUUGACUACCGAUUGAGAUAACGAUCUCCUUUAUUGAAUCGUAGGUGUAGCGUUUGCUAAAGGCAUCUUGCAAUAUUCGAAGUUGGGUUAUUUUUUGUGUGACGGCAGUACAUUUUAUAAUCUCUCGUCUUACAUAUCUUUGAAUAAUGUUUUUUUAAUUCUCUAUAUUAUACUGUUUGAUUGCUCAUUUAUAUUUUGAAGUGUUUUAAGAGUAAAAUAUAUAUUUGUGAUUUUAUACAUUGUUUUAUAUUCACUCGAACUUUAUACUUUCGCUUUGCACAAAUAAUUAAAAACAUGGUCUGUGUUGAACCUCUUCAAUAAAUAAUAAAAAAUAAUAA